AGCCAAGCAAGGCGGAUGCUGGAGCUUAACGGUUAGUUGGUUUCACGGACUACAAACGAAUUAUGCUAUCUUCACACUUACUCAUCUGCCUAAUCGGAUUGCCGCAAUUGUUUUUGAUUGUGCAAGGCGAUGGCAUGAUUGAGGUCUUCAAAUGGAAGCAGAUGGACUUUUACAAUCGCGGAGAUGGCCUUAACGUUGUUCCGGGCAAUCAAGGCCACCAGGGCACCAGCAGGCCCGACAGGCCACUCAGUUCAGCUCCGGUUGUGUUUCCAGGAAAGUAUUCGCGUGGCAAACGUGAAAGUUUGACCUCCCGCGACAGCCCCCAGGGCGUUCGAUCGCGCAUUGGCAGCAACACUGAUAACGCCGAUGCUCCGUACAUUCCCUAUAACAACGUGCCAAUGGGCGCAACCCAUUACCGGGGACGCCUCUUCGUCACGAUGCCCAGGCGGCGUGUCGGCAUCCCGUCGACCUUGAACUACAUCGACAUGACGCGCGAUGGCAGAGAACAAAGCCCCAAGCUGCACGCCUAUCCAAAUUUCUCGCUGAACCAGUUUAAUGAGAGUUCGCAGAAUCUGGUCUCGGUCUAUCGGACCACCGUGGAUGCCUGUCAGCGUUUAUGGUUCAUUGACACCGGCAUGCUGGAGUACCCAAAUAACCGCCAGCAGAUACGGCGACCCAGCAUCUGGAUUGUUGACCUCAACACUGAUCGUGUGCUCAAACGCUUCGAGAUACCCGAGAGCCUUGUGGAGACUGGUCGCGGCCUGGCCAGUCUCACCAUCGAUGUGGAGCCCAACAAGUGUGGCGAUGCUUUUGCCUACAUUCCGGAUCUGGUGUACCGCCGCCUGUACGUGUACCAUCUGUCGGAUGAUCGCAUUUGGGCCUUUGAGCACAACUACUUUAACUUUGAUCCGCUGGCUGGCGAUUUGGAUAUUGGCGGUCAGGUGUUCCGCUGGGACGAUGGCAUCUUCUCGACAACUUUGGGUCAGCGGCAGCCGGACGGCAGUCGCGAUGUCUACUUCCAUCCGAUGGCCAGCACAAAUGAGUUUGUGGUCUCCAGUCGUGUGCUGCAGCAGGAGUCGAAUGCUGCACGCUCCGAUCAUGGCAAUGAUUUCCGUGUGCUAGGCAGCCGCGGUCCAUCCACUCAGUCGACAAUGCACGACUACGAUCCGCGCACGGGUGUGAUUUUCUUUGCAGAAAUACAGCGGAAUGGCGUGGGUUGCUGGAAGAGCAGCAAACCCUUCACGGUGGAGAACCAUGGAACGGUUGACUCGAAUGCCAGCGAUAUGAUUUAUCCCAGCGAUUUGACGAUUGAUGAUGAGGGCACCAUUUGGGUCAUGUCCAACUCCAUGCCCAUCUUUAUAUACUCCACGCUGGACACGGAUGUCUACAAUUUCCGCAUCUGGAAGCAGACCACCACAAAGGCAAAACGUGGCACGGUCUGUGAGUGAAUGUGGAAUUGCUUUAAUGAUAUGUUACCCACUCCACUGGAAACGUAUGUGUACAUAAUAAUAAUAAUGAUAUAAUAUAUAAUAUAAUAUAAAAUAAAUCAAAAAGCAUUUACAACAAAUACAUGUACCGUUUAAAAAUUGCCUAAAAUUUGAGUACUCAUUUUGUAUCACAUCUUAAAAGUUACGCAGAUGUUUUAUGCAUGAAAGAAAACAUUAAACAAUCGAAUCAAUCAAUUCAAAACAAACAAAAUCAGAGGCACUCUAAUAUUGCAUAAGGAUACUAAGUUGCACAGGUUUUUCUCUAGUACUAGAUUCUAUAUAUAUGUAUGUAUAUAAUAUCUGGAAUCUGAACCGAAAAGUAUAUCAAAAUGAUUAGCUUAAAUACUGGGUGUAAAUUUCUCUCAUAAUGUUGCAUCCAAAAAACGUAAUCGAGUUGUAAAUUUUGGUAACUUUUCAAAGUGUCAGCUAUGUAUAUAUAUAGUAUAUAGUCUAUAUAUAACUAUAAAUGAUCAAUUUGUAUAUGAUAUAUGUAUAUAUAUAUAUAUGUGGUGUAUAUACGAGUUUAUAUAAAAAUUUGCAAAAAUAUAUAUAGGUUUUCCUUUCGUUCUGUACUAAGUUUAGUCCUUUAAGUAGUCCUUUUUCAUAUCAAAAUGUUUCUACAUAUACGAGGUUGACUAUAUAGUGGUAACGCGUUCAGCUUCCAAUUGGAAUGGUUUGGGUAUAGGUGUUGGAAUGAUUACUGGCCCAGAGCUAUACAAUAUACAAUAAAAGUGAUUCAAGUCUAACAGCA